AUGGAUUUAGGAAGCGAAAACCUAGAUUUAAGUAAAUUAAUAAAUGUUAAAGGUAAUGUUGAUAAUAUAACGCCACACAAAAUAGCCGUUGUGGCGUUUAUUCGUGAAUACGGUCUAUUGAAAAUAGAAGCAAAAGAUAUGAUUGAUUGCACUAUGGCCCCUAAAUACAGAAAAGACUUUUGUAUUCUUGCACUUAAGUUAAUUCAGUGUCCAGAUAUGGAGUUUAAAGAUUUGGAGAAUCUUCUUACACUUGGGCGUUAUAAUUUACUAAGUGUUCACUUAGAGAACUUUUGUGUUCGUCUUAAGAACAUACAUGUUAAUGGUAUAAGUGCUCUGAUGGAUUGUGUUACUUCAACUGUUGACAAAUUAAUGAUUGAACAAAAUGAAGCUAAUCCAUGUAUAAUUACUAGAUGCAGUGUCUUAGGUUUUUACUUGAGGCGCAUAAUGUUACAUUUGGAUAAACUUACAUUCGUGCAAGUUGUAUCAUUAUACAAAUCAUUUUGCCAAUAUUAUCAAAAAGGAAGACCAGGUUUGAUGAUGAGAUCACUAAGUAAAGAGAAACUUAAUAAUAUGGAACCACCAGGUGCACCUACCUCUUCAGUGUCUCCUGUCUUUUUAGAAGAAUCUAAACCACCGGAAGUAUUUAUGAAGAUGAAUAUGAUUGAAAGGGACAACAGUCUCGAAGAAUGCCAAUGGUCAAGAAAGCAGGCUGAACUAUUCACAGCACAGCAAGCAAAUUUGUUACAAAUAAAUGAGAAAAAAGCACUUCCUCCUAGACAGCUACAGAAGACUAUUAUGCAAAUAAUAAAUGAUAUUCCAGACUAUUCAGACAUUCAUUUUUUAAGUUUUUUAAAUUGUAUUCGGAUGAAGGAGUUUUGUGGUGCUCAAGAUUCACUGUACAAUUGUUUUGACAGAACCGUGUUCAAUAUUUGUGGCAACGCUAACAACUGUAAUGACAAAAACAAAAAUUUUCGGUAUGCUGCCCUCAAUAGAGCUGCCAUGCACACACAAUUUGGACAUUUGUCGGUGGCGAUGGAGGGCGUGCAGGAGGCGCUGGGCGCGGCGCAGGAGGCGGCGGACGCGGCGUGCCUGGCGCACGCGGCGGCGUGGGGCGCGCUGGCGGGCGGGCGCGCGCGCCGCGCCGCGCUGCUGGCGCGGGUGCCGCGCGCGCCGCGCGUCGCCGCCGCCGCCGCGCAGCUCAUGGCGCAGCACGCCGCCGUCAACGCGGCUAAGCCGGCAGAAGUUUUCCAGAUUAUUACAAAAGGCGACUCCAUAAAUUACCUUCAUUCAAUGACCGAUUUAACGAUGGCUGGAUUGGCAAAUACAGCAGCGCUGUGGUCGUUGUAUGGCAAAACAGAAAUGGCUUCCAUAAGCUGUCAACUCCUUCUAAAUCUCAACACAAAAUGCAACGUGGGCUCGAGUAGCGUGUGGCACUGGUCGGAGGCGUGCGCGGUGGCGGGCGCGGGCGCGGCUAGCGUUGCGGCGUGGCGCGGAGAGGGCGUGCUCGCGGCCGCGCUGCUCUCGCACCUGCACCACCUGCCGCCGCCACCGCUGCGCGCCGUCGCCGCCAGCCACCGCGCCGGCGCCGCGCUGCUCGCGGGUAAAUGGGAAGAAGCUGAGCAAAGCAUACGACAGUUGGCAUCCUUUGAUAGAUGGGAAAGUCAAUUACUAAAAGCAGAGAUGUACUUCUUAAAAGGAGACGCUACUAAUGCUUUAGAAACAUUACAAGACAUUUUGGACUUUUGUAAAACUGAGGACGACAGCCUUCAUUUCGCGUCUCUGCGAUUAAAAGCCAUGAUAUUGAUGUCACAAGUGCAACUCUCCUAUGGCAGUAGUCAAUCGACCAACAUUCUACUAUUGAACGAAGCACUGUCUUGGGCGAAAAAGUUUCAUUUGCAUUAUUUAGCGGCUAUCGUUGAAAUGCAUAUUGCAAAUGUACAGCUGCUUAUGGGAUGUGCGAAAAAUGCUCUUGUACUUGUACGGAAAGUGUUACCUUUGAUAAUGGCACAUGGAAGCGCUUAUGACAUGGCAAGAGGACUACUUCUUUAUACCAAAUGCCGUAUCGCCACUGCUCCUCUAUCUGGCGAGACCCGGGUACAAGUAUUUCAGUCAUGUUGUGAAGCUCUAGAGUCAGUUAAAGAGAACUUUUCCAAAAUUGGCGCUCAAGUCAGAUUAUUGCAGACAUGGUAUAUACAGGCUCAAUUACACAAUGAUGUGGGUAACAUAGCAGGAAGAAAUCAAUGUGCAUGGAUGUACAGACAACUUGAGACUCAAAAUCCAGUGGACUUAUCUAACAUGCUACAUAUAAUGUAUUAA